AUGGGCGAAACAGCGAAAAUGGACAAAGAUGACGAUCCACCACCGAUUCGGUUGCACAAUCUUCCUCCGCACUUGAUCUAUGAGCAGAGACUGACGCCCCUCCGGCGAUUCUUGUUUUGGUUGACUUGGAUCCCUUUUGUGAACAUCGCACUGACGCCGCUCUUCAUGAAGCCUGACCCGGACAGCAUCCAGAAGCUGUUAAGUACUAUGAUGAUCGUGAACUCCGUCGCCAUCGGGAGAAUCUUCCAAUCUGUUGAUCUGAGCGACGCGGGUUUCGAGGAUGCAGAAUUGUACCUGUCGCGCCUCUCCAGCUUCUCGAAGGUUGCGAUCAAUUCCUUCAUGCUGAACAUCAUUUUGCUGACCGUGGUCGUGGUCUCGAACCCCAGAAGGAACAAGCGCAGAGCAAAGGAGGUUUGGCUGUGCUUACGCUUUGGCGUUGUGACUUUGAUGGUCCUGAGUGCUAUUUACAUCAUCCAGCUCUACAUGUUGUAUGAGGCAUGGGGCGAGAUCGUCUACGGUACAGGCCGCUUCAUGGUGUUUUCAGACGGCGAGGGGAUCGGACUGUAUGCGGUGGCGGUGACUUACAUCAUUAUCGCCUGUGUUGCCGUUCCGGGCGAGGCCGUUGUGGACUUUGCAGAAGAGCUCCUGAAGGAGAACAGCAAGACCGACCGUUGCACCUGCCCCUUCAUUCGUUCUCUCACGCAGAUGCCCGCUACUCGCGUGCAUUUGGCCAUGGAAGGGCUGACACUGGGACGGCUGAAACCAUACAAGGACAAUCCGCACAUGCUUUUCAAGAUCCUUACGGCUGCGAACCUUCCUACCUCGGAUUGUCUGGAUGUGAUCGCCGCGCUUCAAGAUUUCACCAGAGGCUCCUCAGAGUAA